AUGAAGUAUAACGCCACCUUGCUUGUCCUACUUAGCGCAAUAUUGAGCGCUGGGAAAGCUUUGAUACGAAAUGGGAACAAUACGCAGGCCUUAGUUCCUGAAAAUGGCGGUGACCCUAGUGGGGGACAGAACAACCCCUCCGGUGAAAACCAAGAUACGUGCGAAGUUCAAAAGAUGGCUGAAGAAAUGAUGGGAAAAAUGAUGAAAGAAAAAGACGUGUUUAGCUCCAUUAUGGAACCUCUCCAGAGCAAAUUAUCCGACAAUCAUCUCUGUUCAACAGUGAAAUAUACGAACAUUUGUCUUCACGAAAAGGAUAAAACUCCCUUGACCUUCCCCUGUACAAGUCCGCAGUACGAACAAUUAAUUCACCACUUUACUUAUAAAAAGUUGUGUAACUCUCAAGUGGCCUUUAACAACGUGUUGCUCAAAUCCUUCAUCAAUAAAAACAACGAAGAAAACACAUUUAACACGAUUAUACAGAAUUACAAAAUUCUGUCCACUUGUAUUGAUGAAGAUUUGAAGGACAUUUAUGAUGCGUCCAUACAGUUAUUCUCCGACAUUAGAGUGUCCGUCACAGAAAUCACAGAAAAGCUGUGGUCUAAAAAUAUGAUCGACGUUUUAAAGACAAGAGAGCAAACCAUUGCAGGUAUUUUAUGUGAGUUACGAAAUGGAAAUAAAUCAACCCUAGUAUCAAACAGUUUGUCAUAUGAAAAUUUUGGGAUCCUCAAGGUUAAUUAUGAAGGGUUAAUGAACCAGGCGUACAAGGCAUUUUCAGACUACUAUUCAUACUUUCCCGAUUUUGCCAUUAAAUUGUUGGAGAAAGGUGGGUUGGUCGAGCGGUUGGUCGCUAUCCAUGAGAGCUUGACCAACUACAGGACGAAAAAUAUUCUCCAGAAAAUCAAUGAGAAGUCAAAAAAUGAAGUCCUGAAUAACGAGGAUAUUAUGCACAGCUUGAGCAGUUACAAGCACCGUGCCGGGAGUACGCGUGGUUCCUUCCUGCAGUCCAGAGGUGCGCACAAUGUUACAAAAGUCGAUGUGAAGGUUGACGAGACCUCCACCACGGGGGGCAACCAAAGCGCAAACAUGGCCGCUGCGGCGCCUAACAAUUCGGGCCCUACCACCGCUGCUGCUGCAAACAGUGCUGCUUCCCCAAACACGGCAGCAACUACCAACACUGCGGCAACUACCAGCGCUUCCAACGAUACUAAUGCUUCUCCCCACACGAAUACUUCCAACGAGGGUGCUUCCACCAGUCCCCUGAGCAACCCCCUGUACGGCACCCGCUACUUGAAGACAAAGGACGUCGUAGUGCUCAUCAGAGAUCUGCUCAAAAACACAAACAUCAUCAAGUUCGAGAAGGACGAACCAACUGGCCAAAUUGACCAUGAAGGAAUUAAAAAACUCAUAGAAAGUUCCUUCUUCGACCUGAGCGACAACACCAUGUUAAUGAGGUUGCUCAUAAAGCCGCAGGCAGCCAUCUUAUUCAUCAUUCAGUCCUUUAUCAUGAUGACACCGUCGCCCACAAGAGACGCCAAAAUUUAUUGCAAGAAAAAUCUAGUUAAUGGCCAGCUAGUACAAACCUCUGAUUUCAGCGAUGCGCACGAGGAAGAAGAUCUGAUAAACGAAUUUUCCAGCAAAUACAAUUUAUUCUACGAAAGGUUGAAGCUGGAGGAGUUGCGCGAAAUUGAACAGAACAGGAAAGCGCUCAAGAAUGCGAAGGGUAGCCUCUCCGUGCUGCAGGUCAGCAAUUCGCAGAAUGGUACCCACGGGAACGGGGUCAAUCAAGUCAUAGGGGACGUCCUCGGCGAAGAAACCAACGACAUCAUCAAGAACAAUGUGGACGCAGAAGCCUUGACAGCCGACGUAGAACAAGCCUUUACAAGCCUCGAAGUAAAGGGUGCAAGUUUUUCUGCAAACUUAUCGCAUGCGCUACUUCUCCUUUCCUCUAUUGCGUUACUCCUAUUCAUCUGUUAA